GCCUUCUGGAAUACAAGUCUGCUGCACCGGGACCUGGCUGCUCGCAAUGUUUUAGUCUUUAGCCUGGACCCUCCGCUAGUGAAGCUGACAGACUUCGGCUUGGUGUCCACAGCCGGACUUGAGCGUUAUGGGUGGCCGAAGGGCCAUGCUAUGGGAACUCGUUGGAUGGCCCCGGAGAGCCAGCCGGAUGCGGAUUUUCACUUUGACGACAAGAGAUCUACACGUUUGGCUGCUUUCUCUUCGAAUUGGCAACACGAGGUUCACUUGUGCCUUUCGCGCGCACUGGCAACAACCGCAUCCCGGCCCU